GUUGGUAGCCGAGUCACACACUUUUGAUGCAAGUUACAUUUUUGUUCUUUCCAUCGUUUUUUUCCAUCUUAGCGGUGAUUCCAAUCGUUUUCUUAAUACCGAAAGCCACAAAUCUAUUUUUAUUUCUGUUUACUUUCAUUUACUGCUGUGGAAAGUUGAACAAUUGUGACGCAAUUUUGCCACGUCGUUGAAACAAUGGAUCUUACAACUCAUCGCCCUGACAUGUCUAGCGUGGUUCAUCAUUCUGGGGACAACUUUUGUAUUACAAGUGGAAACUAUGUUUCUCCAAAUGUCGCCAACGCUCCCGGUCCUCGGGCAGCCAAAUCCGUUUUUUCUAUCCGCAGCAUUGUUGAAGAAAGUAAAAAUGGAAUUUCUUCAUCAUCCGGUCUGAGUGACGAAGGUAGCGACCGAGCAUUCCUAGCAAGUUCAUCAAGAAACAUGGGCAUUUAUGACAAGUCGGGACCCAGCUCCAUGGAAGAAACGGCUGUUCGGGCUGAAUCAGUUCCCGAUUUUCGGUUGCGCGAGGACAUGUCGGGAGUAUCGGGAUUGGGCGGGAAAGCCCAUCACCCUUCGACCAGCUACAACCGGAUGCACCAAUCUCUGCAAACGGACGAAUCGAGGAGCAGCGGCGGCAAGCGACACGUUUCUUCCGACAGAAUCAGUGACGAUUUGAACAGCACUGCCUCGAAUGAGGACAUGAACGACGCCGAUCAUGAAUCCCGCAAGGGAGGAUUGGGCAACGGUGACGUUGAUGGCGAUGCGGCCAGUGAUGGAGAUCAUCCCGACGAGUUCACGCCUAAGCGUAAGCAGAGGCGCUAUCGAACCACUUUUACCAGUUAUCAGUUGGAGGAACUUGAAAAGGCGUUUUCUCGCACACAUUAUCCUGACGUAUUCACGAGGGAAGAACUGGCGAUGAAGAUUGGACUCACCGAAGCUAGAAUUCAGGUUUGGUUUCAAAACCGUCGUGCCAAGUGGAGGAAACAGGAGAAAGUGGGUCCGCAGGGUCAUCCAUACAGCCCAUAUGGUGGAGCCGGCGGAGGUGCUGGCGGAACUGGAGGAACGACUGGAAUGCCAACUUUGCAUAAUCACCACCAUUCUCAUCAAUUAAACAGCGGUGGAUCCGGUUCAAAUGGAGCUGGAGGUUCUAUGCCUCUUCCGGUCUCACUUGGUGGACCUCAUCCGUUUCCAGUUCACUUGGGAUCCAACCACGGGCUUCCGUACAUGCCCCGCAAAUCUUUGGACUUUUUGACUCGUCUACCCAGUUUACCUAGCUCGCCAAUGGUGCACGGCCUUCCAGUGAGCAUGGCCGGCCUGCACGGCCUCUCGGGACUCCCGCCCGGAUACCUGUCACCCGGCAUCGGUUCACCAUUUUUCGGAUCUGCACUUCACGGUUACCGCAACCCACUCGUACCUUCCGUAUAUAGCCAGCCAAACCCCUCAGUGGCCGCUCACUCGUUUCAAGCUCUGUUGGCUUCGCUUUCCAAUCAGCGGCCCAAACUUGCCAGCGAAUUGUGUCCGAACGACUAUCAAUCACUGCUCUGUAGACUGUCAACACUCCAUCAGUCAACAUCUCCAACUGGUUUGACAUCCUUGGCUUCGCCACCGUCUCACCACCCGGUUUCUCUCCAGCAGCCACAGGCUGGGCAGCCAGGUGGGGCACCUUCUGUUAGUCCUUCGAGCGUUCCCGCCGGUACCGGGACCAGCCCUCCUAUUCCUCAAAGUAUCAGCGCUGCUUGUGACAACAGCAACAGUGGCGCUGGUAAUGGAGAAUUGCCGCCAGCAGCGAGUUCUCCAUUAGGUGGUGAGCUGGAUCGCAGGGCCUCCAGUAUAGCCGCCUUACGUCUGAAAGCCCGGGAGCACGAACUCCGCAUUGAGAUGAUGCGGAAGAACGGGACUGACUUGCUGAGUUGAAGAUUGGACCGUUGUGUGUUUGCUGGGAUUCGGGUUUUGACACGUACCGAGUUGGCAUUUGCCUAAAGCCAUUUGCUCACCACUGCAUUUCUCUCUUUUACUAUAUCAUCUUUCAAUUAAAAGUAUUUUCUUUUUUCAAUUGGCUCAACCAUAAUAAUAUCCAUGCUUAUUUGUUUGUUUUCCUCAAUCGGAUGUACUUUCGUUCAAAUGUCGUUCUUUUUUUUUCCUCUUCAUUGGAAUUUUGACUUUCUUGUAUUUCUGUUUCUCUUAUUGUACAGUGGAAAUCUCGCUUUGUCCUUUUUUUUUUAAUUUCGUAUUCUUUUACGAGUUAUUAAUGGUUGAUCCUUUUUUAUAUAAAUAGUAAAACCACAAAUAGAUUGCGCAGUGCUUUUUUCCCUACUCUUCUCGAAGUUCUCUGAUGUCUCGUUUCCUGCUCCCCCCACUCAUGUUCCUUUCAUUUGAUAAACGUUUUCAAUACAUUUUCGAAGCGAAGGGUAAA